AUGACACACACUCGGAGGAAGUCCCUUCCCAUGCUGAAUUCGGGCCCCACCGGCCACCGGGAGCCCUUGCCAAUGGAAGGCAGCAAUGUACAACAAGGGGCAGAGGGCAUGGAGCCAGGCAUGCCUGAGAGCCCAGGACACCUCCCAGGACGCCGCAAGAACUACCCACUGCGUAAGCGCCCAUUAGUUCCUGAGAAGCCCAAGGCCUGCAAAGUGCUACUUACCCGCCUGGAGAGUGUGGCUGGUCCACGGAGUGCAGAUGAAGCCGAUGAGCUGCCCCCUGACCUACCCAAGCCCCCCAGCCCAGCCCCAUCCAGCGAGGACAGUGGCCUCGCCCAGCCCCGCAAGCGACGUCUGGCCUCCCUCAAUGCUGAAGCCCUCAAUAACUUACUGCUGGAGCGAGAGGACACCAGCAGCCUGGCUGGUACCCGCCGCAGCCGAGGGGGAGAUCCCCACCGCAGCCGGGACCGCGACCGGACCACUGGAGGCUGGUCCUCCUCCAAGAAGCGGCCACGGUUGGGCGACCUCGGAGGAGGAAGCCGAGACCUGUCCCCAGAGCCAGCACCAGAUGAAGGUGCACGUCGGGAUAGUGACCCAGCUCCCAAGAGACUGGCCAGCCUGAAUGCAGUUGCCUUCCUGAAAUUGAGCCAGGAGCGAGAGCUACCCCUGCGCCCACCUCGUGCCCACCCAGAAGCAGAUGGGCGCUCCACUGAAUCACUGGCACCCAAGGCUCUGAGACCAAAGUGGGCCAAGGUCAACAAUGGCAAGAACUAUCCCAAGGCCCGCCAGGGCCCAGGUUCUGGAGAAUCUGCAGGCCCACCUGGCUGGCAAGAGUGCCCUGAGGGGCCAUGGCCAUCUGCCACCCCUCAUGGGCCAUCUGUUCAACCCCUGAGCAAGGUCCUGGAGAGCCCCUUGGGGCUGCGCCCCCGCCUGCCCCUGCUGAUGGGUGGACAGGCAGCUCUGAAGCCAGAGCCUGGGCGCCCAGGUGAAGAGUCACCUGCCCCCAAGCAGGAACUGCACCAGCCUUCUUUCCCUGCACCCCAGUUGUCCCCCCUACCUAUGCCUGGCAACCCCGCUGACUACAGUGGUGUGUGUGGCGGACCUGAGCUCACUGCACUAGGUAGCUUCUACCUAUACUGUGGCCAAGAUGGGCUGCAAUGUGGGGGCUACUCCCCCUACCCCAUGUUGCCUGAGGGCAAGCUGUCCUCAGUGGCUGCACAAAAUGAGGGGGUCCUCUUGACCCCAAGCUCAGUACCUGUGGGCACCCCUUUCCAACACCCUCCCUGGGGCUCCUCUCGCUACUGCUCCAGCGAGGACACUGGAGCGAAUGGCUACAGCCUCUGUGGAGUGCUGCCCCUGUCCCUCACCCACGUUGGCACUACCUGUGGUGGCUUUUCCUACAAAAUGCCUUUUGCAGCAGAAGGCUGCAGGUCCCUGGGCCAGCUGGAAUUUCCUCUACUCGAAGCUGGCCACCCAGCCUCACCUGCUCACCCCCUCUUGGGGUGUCCUGUGCCCAGUGUGCCACCUGCAGCAGAGCCUGUCCCCCAUCUUCAGACACCCACCUCAGAACCCCAGACAGUAGCCCGCGCGUGCCCUCAGAGCGCCAAGCCCCCCAGUGGUUCCAAGUCUGGUCUGCGCACGGGCACUGGAUGCAGACACACUGUGAGGAGCAAGACUGCCCGUAGGCCCAGCCAUCCCAAGCAGUCACGUGUUCAGCGCCCACGUCCACGCCGGCGCCGGCGCCGCCGUACUAAUGGCUGGGUGCCUGUUGGGGCUGCCUGUGAGAAGGCUGUCUAUGUUUUGGAUGAACCGGAACCAGCCAUCCGAAAGAGCUACCAGGCCGUGGAACGACAUGGAGAGACAAUCCGUGUUCGGGACACCGUCCUCCUCAAGUCAGGCCCGCGAAAGACAUCCACACCUUAUGUGGCCAAGAUCUCUGCCCUCUGGGAGAACCCUGAGUCAGGAGAGCUGAUGAUGAGUCUCCUGUGGUAUUACAGACCUGAGCACUUACAGGGAGGCCGCAGUCCCAGCAUGCACGAGCCUUUGCAGAAUGAAGUCUUUGCAUCGAGACAUCAGGACCAGAACAGUGUGGCCUGCAUUGAGGAAAAGUGCUAUGUGUUGACCUUUGCUGAGUACUGCAGAUUCUGUGCCAUGGCCAAGCGCCGAGGUGAGGGCCUCCCUAGCCGAAAGACAGCACUGGUGCCCCCCUCCGCGGACUACUCCACCCCGCCACACCGCACUGUGCCCGAGGACACGGAUCCUGAGCUGGUGUUUCUUUGCCGCCAUGUCUAUGACUUCCGUCAUGGCCGCAUCCUUAAGAACCCCCAGUAG